UGGAUAUUUUACCUUACGCGCGAACGUCGGAGACGGGACGGUGUGCCGAAAUGCUUAAUUAACACGAGUGGAGCCUCCGGUGGCUGUUGUGCGAUCCAGCCAAUCGCGUGCACGCUAGUCACCGGAGGCCCCGCCCCUCGAGAGAGCCCCGUUGCCCUUUUCCUCGUGACUACCGGCCACAGUACGUACGCGAGCGUUCACGGAGUGUCAUCUCGUUCGCGUCAGCUUCGCUUUGGCGUUAAGUUUCGCUACGUUUGACGCAUCGCGAACGAUAAAAUCGAGCACAUUAUUUAAUCCGCGGUUAUUCAUCGACUCGUCUCGCCGUCCGCGCUUCUCUCCAAUCGUUGCACGUAACGCGCCACGUUGCUCCCGUUUGAAAAGCGCGGUUUCCGUAACUUCGUGUCAGUGAUGGGCAAAAUUCUAUCCGAGUAACCGCGUUUUUCGUCAAUUUGUUUAUUCGAUCGAGGUCGGUUCGGUCGCUCGAGGUUCCGUUCGCUCCGCGCGAAAUGUAAUCUCGUUCCCUGACCGAGUAAUAGAUCGAAAGCAAUCUCGUCGGCGAUUUCUCGUUUCCGUGUAUUUCGCUCGUCUCCGCGGGGGAGAAAAGUGCACGGGUCGGGAGACACAGAUUCGGAUUCGUUUCUCGUUGCGGCCAGUGAUACGCAUACUCGAGCGCGAAUAAACAUGUAAGAAUCAAAUAGACGAUCGAAAGCAAAUAAAGAGAAAGCGGUAUUUCUUUGUGGAAAACUGGGUGCGUGAGAUAAACAGCGAUCGGAUCGGACCACGGACAACGUUCGAUCUCGAUCUGUCAGCCUCGGGAUCAACCGCCGCGGCGAAUCCUCGAUAGGCAUCGACGUUGGUGAGAAUGCGUGGCUGAAGCAAGGGCGAGAGGACGUCCUUCUCCUUUGUUUUCGUUUUCGUCAUCGAGCGACCGACGAUCUUUCACUCGACAGCGAGCCAAUUCGAACAUCGACGACGAAGAUGCGGCCCGUCGCGACGACCUUAUUGCUCGUCCCGUUGCUGCUCGUCGCGUGGCAAAACGGUGCGCAGGCCAACUGGUGGUACCUGGGCGUAGAGCCGCGGCUGAAUAGCGGAUCGGGGCAGAGCAGCGGUGCCGACGGACAGGCACAGAUCGUCGGCGCGGGUGUGAUCGGGCCAGCGAGCGCCGAAAAGAACUGCAAGAGCGUGCACCUGACCGCCAAGCAGCAGGCGAUAUGCUCCCGCUCGCCACCCGUCCUGCAGGCAGUCAGCGCGGGCGCGAGAUUGGCCAUAGAGGAGUGUCAGCACCAGUUUAGAUCAGCGAGAUGGAAUUGUUCCAUCAGCCCGGAAAAUCCGGAGAACGUUUUCGGCGGCGUGAUGCUAGUCAACAGUCGCGAGGCGGCGUUCGUGUACGCAAUAUCAGCAGCAGGAGUUGCUUACAGCGUCACGAGGGCCUGUUCCAGGGGCGAGCUCACCGAUUGCUCCUGCGACAACCGGGUCAGGACACGCCGCCCGAAUAAUUGGCAAUGGGGUGGCUGCAGCGAGGACAUACACUUCGGUGAGAAGUUUUCGCGAGAGUGGUCCGACGGCGGCGAGGAACCUGUGAAGGAGGGUGUCCUCCAAGGACCGAAAGGGCUGGCUGGCCAGCUGAUGAGGAAGCACGAUAGCGAAGCUGGCAGGCGUGCCGUCCGCUCGAGAAUGCAACGCGUGUGCAAGUGUCACGGUAUGUCUGGCUCGUGCAGCGUGCGCGUCUGUUGGAGAAGAUUGCCAGCGUUCAGGGUGGCCGGGGCUGCUCUGGCGGCGUUGCACGAGGGCGCAGCUCUGGUUCGACUGGCGCAACGUGGCGGAAGAAGAUCGGCGAGGCUGUGGCCUGCUCGUCCCGAUCUCAAGCGGCCGAACAAGACGGACCUGGUGUACCUCGAAGACAGUCCCGACUAUUGCGAGAAAAAUCUCACACUCGGCAUACCCGGCACGAGGGGAAGGAUAUGCAACCGAACGUCCCUGGGCCUGGACGGAUGUAGACUGCUGUGCUGCGGCCGGGGCUACCAGACGCGGGUCCGCGACGUGACCGAGAAAUGUGGGUGUCGGUUCGUCUGGUGUUGUCACGUCAAGUGCGAGCUAUGUCGGCACACGCGAGAAGAACACGUCUGCAAUUAGGCGCGGGCAAUUGCAUUCCGGUCGGUCUACCGAAAGGUGCUUCACGACCCUCUGCGUCCAGGCAGAUAUUUUUCUCCAUGACGACGACGACGAUCCUCGAUCGCGACGGUCCGUUUCGCGAUCGUCGCGCGAUCGCGAUGGGGGUAGACCGCGAUUCCACCGCGCUGUUUUAAGUUUAAACCUUGCAAUGGCUUAGUCCGGCUGGCUCUCACAGGGAGGUCGGUCGCGGGCCGUUAAAACCGCCGCGAGAGGCUACAAAAGUGUGUGACACGUUACGUUAGAACAUUCUGUACCUGACAGUCAGAGUGUCGUAAGUCCACUCUUCGGCAACGGUGACUUUGAGCGUAGCUUUCAGACGGUUAGAUUAACAUAUCUACGUGUGUUUGUGCUCUGUGAGGCGGUCCCAACUUGACCACCCCAAACGUCCCCGCGCCCAGGCAUGUCCAACUCGAUACUCGCCGUGUCGGAGCAGACAGCUAAAUCGUAACGCUUGAUCGUGACGUGGAACGACCGUUCGGGGAUGCGUGUGCGAAGAUCACGAAUCGGUUCGUUUCUACUCUGUCGUGUCUUGCGACAAAGCUCUAUGAUAGAGUAGGGCCAGCUAAGCCGUUUAGCCUUGGUCUCGAAUUUCUGCGAAAGGAAAGCGAUUAUGAAAUAUUUAUUACGUCUUUGUAAUCGGUUCGUAAUUUGGUAAUGACUCUGGUGGCCGAAUCGUUCAAAGACUGCUGCCAUUGUUGAACGUCGCGGACCAGUUGGACAUGCUUGGUCUGCGCUGUUCUUUCUGACGAUAGGAAAGCUACCGGCAGAGAUGUUUAACGAUCGAUCGGUCAGUUCUUCGAGGUUACGUUUGUUGAGAUUAUAAGGUUACUCGUGGUUUCUUGAAUUGUAACGCAUCAGGCUGACCUAAGGAAGGAUUGUCCAUUUUAAUCGUCUGUGGUGCCUGGUUACUUUUUAACUAUCCGUCAAAGUAAAAUAUCGUUAUUAUUAUUAUUAUUAAACGUCUGCGUUACGCAAAUUUAUAAAUAUAUUCGACCCACCGGUAGGAUGCAAGGAGGAAUCGGGUCGUACUUGACCCAUGAUUAAAUUAUUUAUUUAAUUACAAUGAAUUAUCCGCAAUCUAUAUACAUAUAUCGAUGUUUAUUAAAUCUCUUGUCAAACAAUUCGCGGCAUGGGGGAGUCCUCUAGCGGUUAUGUAAUCGUUGAUCUAAGACAUCGUAAAUGACCUUGAAGUCUCUAACGGUGACCUUGAAAAACUUUCUCCUCGAUAAAAAAAAAAAGUUUAUCCAUUUAAAGCGUACCAUUUCUUCCACCGACGCUUUUCACUGGUCAUCGAGGACGAGAAAGAUGUCCAGGGUGGUCACGACAAAUUGGACACCCUGUACAGAGACCUCCGAAGUAAAAAUACCCUUCGCAAAACUGUGUCGAAUUGUUUCAGUAUUAAUAUCAUGUAUAGCAAGUACAAUGUGUCUGUGAAGUUGCAGUUACGUGGCUUAUUAUGCUAGUCUGGCUCUCAGGUGCACCAUUAUUUACGUAAAUGUUAACAUGUUGAGGAUCGACCAUGAAUCGGUCCAAUUCCCAAGGGUUAUCUAGGAUCUGUAAAAAAAAUGUGUGGCCGUCAUCGUGGUACUUGAUGCAAACGAUGAUAAAAAAAAAAGAGAGAAAAAAAUGUGUAACGGGAAUUGGAAUCGACCGAGAGCAUCGCUUAUCGAUGCGACUUCAGGGGCACGGGGAAAGGACCUUCGCGGAAAGGAAUUCGUAACGCCGUUGUGGUCUCUUUUGCGACGCGAAAACGGUGAAUCGGUUCGCGCGCGUACCCCAUUUUGCUGUCCCAUAACUGAAACUCAAUAUGUUAAUAAUUUGCGGUUUUUGCUGACGCGAGAGAAAGAUAGAAGAGAAGCGUGCGUGCGUGUGUGUGUGUGUGUGUUCCGCGUGGACGAGAUCGAGUGUCCGGAUAAGCAUGCGGCUGAACGUGAGCAUGGGAAUAGAGUAACAUAGGCGAGAUAUUAGGCCACUCGACGACCAUUCUUCUUUUUCUUCUGUUUCGUGCUCGCAACAUUUGCGUAUGACGCGAGAGUCUUAUUUAUAUCAAAGUAAAAGACCUCCACGAUUGUGUAGGUAUCUCAUUGUAUACCAAUGCUCUCUAGCGCGUAGAACCACCUUGUCUUCACCUAAAUAUGGAGCAACUACAGUGGCGCGCAAAAGUAUUCCGCCCACGCUUGAAAAAAAUUCAUAUAGCGUGCGCAGGUCGAAUCGAGGAUCAUGCAAAUGUUGGAUAAGAUGCGGUGUGUUGAUCGUAAAAUCGGAAUGUUUAACACUGUAGUAAAAGCGAGCAUCCUUCCUUGAUAAAACGAUGCUUGCUUCGACUACAUCAUCGCAUAUUUAUUUAAAAAUAUUGUUGCGACUACAAGGAAACACGAGUAUCAGAAUUUUAUCGAUGAAACGAUGUUGCACGACUAGCAAUUCGCGCGUUAGAUGAAAUUUUAUAGCUCGAAGUUGUAUCGAGCGUCUCAAUUUGUCUUUUCGUAAUAUCGAUAUCGAUCUCCCCGAUUUCAACGACCUUGAUUAGGGUUAGCAUUUCUAGAUCUUCAAGUUCUCGUACCUUUUAUUGAGACGUUCCUAGUAACAGGCAACCCGGUGCUCGAGCAAGUCGACGUUACAAGUAUCUUGUAGAUCUUUUUUUAUAUGUUAUUCUAGUAAAUUAUCAAACCUGAUGGAGACGGCUGAGAUUCGAAGAAAGGUAUUUGCACUUCUAUUUAUUUAUAUUAAAAUCUUUAUUUAUAGGAAACCUGUACUUCCCGUCGGAACAUUCACGGCAACUAAACAAAAUUUCAUCUGGAUUGUACAGGUUUGGUAGUAGUUACGGAAAAUCACGGUAUCGAGAAAAAGUGAACACAGAAUACUCUUAAUUGCUAUUGUUUUGGUUUGCGAGUGUUCGAAUACUUUCGCGUGUCACUGUACACGACUCGCUAUAUCGGCCGUGUUCCGGCGAACAAUGCGAGUUACGAGGAGCGAGACGGACUGCGGGAGCGCGAGUCCACGUCGAGGCGAGGUGAAAAGGAGAGGAAAAAAAAAAUAAAAGAGGAAAAGGAGGCCGCGCCAGCGAUACGACGUGUAUUUUAUCCCGCUGUCGGCAGUUCGCCUCGAGUCGCUCGGAUCGGGAACAAUUCUGCCAAUGACUGUACAUACUGUCUUCUUCUUACCGUUUUGUAGAUUUUACGUCCACAACUGCCGCGCUGUAUAUAGAUAAGCAUACAUACGAUCGAUCAAUGUUUACGUUCUCAUCGAAUGCUGCGUCAAGAGAAAAAAAAAGAGAGAAACUCGAAGUCUCUCGGAGUAACUUUAUAGAGACGAAACUGGUUCGCCUUUGCAAAGAGUACUCUUUACCUGAAAGCUUCAAAGUCUCAAUCUUGUUCAGACUCGACACCGCCGAAUAAUAAUCAUCAAUUAAAUCAACGACAGUACCAAAACGAUCAACGAUUAACUUAAUCAAAAACACGAGUCUUGUCGGGCUACUCGAGGAAUGAAAUUUAAUGUCAUUUCCGAGUAAACUAAAUAUUGCACAUUUUCGACCAGAAACCUUCAUCUUCGGAAUAGCACAACAUACACAGACGUCUGUUUUUAAUGUUUGCAUUCGUGCAUUUCAUGAAUGAAAAACAUUUGAUUAAUUUAAUCGUUACGAACGAUUGAGCUGCUGUUUCGUCGCGUACGCCAAGCCGAUUGAAGCCACAGUCUAGUCAAUUACGAGGUCCGAAUUCAUCGUGUCGCGAAAACGCUUGUGGCGACGGACAUCUUUCAUAUACGUUCUUCCAAUUUAAAAUGGGAAUUUCAUCGUUUUAUACCAUCGACCUUUUUUACUGUAUUGUUCUUUUCGUUUUAUAUACACCGAAACCAGAGACAGGCAAAAUAUUAUUCGAAUAGAAACAACGUAUAUAAUUUAUUACGUUUAUCACCGUCAACAGUCAUCGAGCUCUUAAUGAAAUCCAAUUUUAUAAUUGAUACUGUUAUUUCAGGUAGAUAAGUAUUUUGCCCAUCUCUGAUACAAGUAUCGAUCAACUUUUUACACAGAGAUCAAUUUAUUUUAUACCUGUCUAUCUGUUGUAAUGCUUCGCAUCGAAUCAAAUUUUUCUACGACGAACACCGUUUUUUACAACGAUCGAAUGACGAUCGAUGAAUACGAUACGCGAGUUUGUACACCGGCGACCACUUGUCAUCGCUCGAAACGACGCUAAAACUGCUGAUUCCGAUUUGAGAGAAACAUGGCCUUAACGAAGAAAGAAAAAAACGAGUCGAGUUCGUGAAACUUGAGGUAACCGAUUCGUCCGUACGUUUUUAAGGAUCUAGCGAUAAACGCACACGAGCGAACUACUCGUGCGACGACGACAACGACGACGACGACCACGACGACCACGACGACCACGACGACGACGACGACGA